AUGGCCCCGCAGAUCUUUUUAGAAGCAAAGCGCAACUGCAGAAUCCCGAAACGGCGAACCUUGGGAUUCCCGGGCCGUGCUCGUGCAGAGGAUACGAGCGACGCCAGCGAUGCUAGCGGCAAUCCAGUUGCGGAAACAGCCAAUGUCGCCGACAGGCCGGCGACCGACGGCCCCCUCCUUCGGCCUCGAUCUGUUUCCAUACCCUUUGGGGAUCGAGAGAUUACCGUUGAGGUGGGACGAAUGGGGCGACAGGCCAACGGCGCCGUGACUGUAACGGAUGGAGAAACGGUGCUGUACUGCACAGUGUGCGCUUCGGAGGAGGAAAGUGAGCCCUCGGAAUUUGUGCCGCUCUCUGUGAGCUACCAGGAGAGGUUCAGCGCUGGGGGGCGCACCAGUGGGGGCUACUUCAAACGGGAAGGCCGGCCGAAAGACCAUGAGAUUCUGGUGUCUCGCCUGAUUGACCGCCCGCUCCGUCCCAUGGUGGCCAAGGGCUUCAACCACGAAGUGCAGGUCCUCUCGUGGCUGUUGAGUUAUGACGGGGAGCACAGUCCCGACGCCCUCGCCAUCACCGCUGCUGGCGCUGCUCUGGCUGUGUCGGAUAUCCCCCUGGCGGGCAUAGUGGCGGGGGUGCGCGUGGGCAUGGUGAAUGGCGCUCUGGUAGUCAACCCCUCCAACCAGCAACUGCAAGGGUCGCCGCUAGACCUGGUGGUGGCUGGGACUACCGACUCUGUACUCAUGAUCGAGGGUUAUUGCAACCUCCUGUCAGAGGAGCAGCUAUUGGAGGCCGUUGCAGCAGGGCAGCAAGCUAUCAGUGCUAUUUGCCAAGGCCUACAUAAGUGGACCCAGGAGACGGAGGGAGUCUCAAAGCCCAAGCUCACUGCCGCCAUCCACGCCCCACCGGCUGACCUGCUGGGCCGGCUGGAGGGGCUGGUGGGGGCGGAUUUGGAGGGGGCUCUGAGGAUUGAGGGGAAGAAGCAGCGGGGAGUGGCGAUGAAGGCGAUUGAAGAGAAGGUGCUGGGGGCUCUCACAGAGGCAGGGCAGGCCGCAACCAGGCAGGCGGCAAAGGAGGAGGACGAGGAAGCAGAGCUAGCAGAGGAGGAGGGGCUGGUGGUUCCCCCAGGGGAUGUGGACGAGGGGGAGGUGCAUGUGAAAGGCUCAGGGGUGGGGACGGUAAAGGGAGGAGGGAAGGGCAAGGGGAGGGCGGAUGUAGUGGAGGUGGCAUAUGACCCGGUGGAUGUGAAGAAGCAGCUCAAGGAACUGACGUCACGGAUCAUGCGGCGCAUUAUUGUCACUGAGGGCCGUCGCAGUGACGGGAGGGGUACUAGUGACGUGCGCCCCAUCGAGUCUGCCUGUGGCGUUCUGCCACGUGUGCAUGGCAGCGCACUGUUCACCCGGGGGGAAACUCAGGCACUGGCGGUGGCGACACUGGGAGGGGAGGACAGCGCACAGAGAUUGGACCACCUCACUGCCACGUCAGAGCUCAAGCGGUUCUACCUGCAGUACACCUUCCCACCCUCCUCCGUGGGUGAGACGGGCCGUGCCGGGUUCACGAGUCGCAGGGAGGUGGGGCAUGGCGCCUUAGCAGAGCGGUCGUUGGAGCCGGUGCUGCCGGAUGCAGCAGGGUUCCCCUACACCGUGCGAGUGGAGUCCAGCAUCACAGAGAGCAACGGCUCCUCUAGCAUGGCAUCUGUCUGUGGAGGGUGUCUCGCGAUGCUGGAUGCAGGAGUCCCCCUGCGUGCGCCAGUAGCUGGAGUAGCCAUGGGUUUGAUUCUGCACACGGAGCAGGCAGGAGGGGACGGCACCCCGGUCAUCCUGACGGACAUUCUGGGGUCAGAGGAUGCGCUGGGGGACAUGGACUUCAAAGUGGCUGGCAGUGCCAAAGGAGUGACGGCAUUCCAGAUGGAUAUUAAAGUGCAAGGAAUCACCAUUGAUGUGAUGCGGACUGCACUGGAGAGGGCCAAGGAAGGACGGCUGCACAUACUGGGUGAAAUGGCAAAGGCUUAUCCUCCCCCGUCGAAGCGCCUCUCGCAAUAUGCCCCCCGAUGCGAGUCCAUCCAGGUUGACCCAGAGAAGGUGAACCUCAUUAUUGGCAGUGGUGGCAAGACUAUAAAGAGUAUAAUCGAGGAUUCUGGAGUUGAUUCGAUCAACAUCGAGGACGGGGGACAGCUGCGCGUAUACGCGCGGUCUGAGGCGGCACUGGAAUUGGCGAGGGCACGCAUUGAGGGACUGACGAUGGUGCCGGAAGUGGGGCAGAUCUACCGUGAUUGUGUGGUGAAGACUGUCGUGCCAUACGGAGCCUUUGUGGAGCUGAAACCAGGGAAAGAGGCCCUCAUCCACGUUAGUGAGCUCUCCACCGUGCGACUCAACAAGCCGGAAGAUUUUGUGGCAGUUGGGGAUACCCUCGACGUCAAGAUUCUUGAGAUCAAUGCAAGAGGUCAGCUGCGAUUAAGUCACAAGGCUGUGCUUCUAGAGGAGGGCAGGGAACCCGUACCCACUAGCAACGCAUCCGCUACAAGCACGGCAACCCCUAAUGGAUCAACCGGGGAAAAUAGAAAUGCGAUUGGAGCUGGGAAGGGUGGGUAUGCCCCUCCUAAGUUUGUGAAGCCUAACGCCCCCACAUCCCCAUCGCCCUUGGUGCCCAAGCCAAGGGGUAGGUGA